AAUAGAAAACCCAAAUGCCUGCCCAUAAUAAAAAAGUGCCUCUCAGUAUCUUUCGAGAAUUGGCAGCGAACGGAACGGAACGGAUCGGCACAGAAUGUUGUCGAAGCUAUUGAAAAUCUGCAACUCGAGGCAAUGCACAUUUGGCAAGCCAUUUGAGGCAAUACCAGGGCCACGAGGUCCGCUUGGAUUAGGCAAUCUGUAUAACUAUAUGCCUGGCAUAGGUAGCUACUCCUGGCUGCAGCUGCACAAGGCCGGCCAGGACAAGUACGAAAAGUACGGCUCUAUUGUGAGAGAGACCAUGGUGCCGGGGCAGGAUAUUGUCUGGCUGUACGAUCCCAAGGACAUAGCGACACUGCUCAACGAACGUGACUGUCCACAACGCCGCAGUCACCUGGCCUUGGCCCAGUAUCGCAAACAGCGACCGCAUCUUUACAAGACAACGGGAUUGCUGCCCACAAAUGGUCCAGACUGGUGGCGUCUGCGAUCGCAGCUGCAAAAGGAGCUGAGCGCGCCGAAAAGUGUACGCAGCUUUGUGGGCGAGGUGGAUGCGGUGACAAAAGAGUUUCUAACAUUUCUGGAGUCAGCCGGAAUUGGAAGUGUCAUCGAUAUGCUGCCCAAGCUAACCAGACUCAAUUUGGAACUGACCUGCCUGUUAACCUUUGGAGCACGCAUUCAAUCCUUUUCACCGGAGGAGCAGCACGCCCACUCGCGUUCCACACGACUGAUGCAUGCCGCCGAAACCACAAACAGCUGCAUAUUGCCCACAGAUCAGGGUCUGCAGCUGUGGCGCUUUAUAGAGACUCCAAGCUAUCGCAAGCUGCGUCACGCCCAAUCCUACAUGGAAAGCGUCGCCCUGCAGCUGCUCGAACAGAAUGUGCAGGCAGGCACUGGCCGAUCCUCGCUGAUUACCAGCUAUAUUCAGAAUCCUCAACUCGAUCGCAUGGAUGUUGUGGGCACAGCUGCUGAUUUGUUGUUGGCUGGCAUUGAUACCACGUCAUAUGCCUCCGCAUUUCUGCUUUACCAUGUCGCACGUCAUCCUGAUGUGCAACAGAAACUGCACCAAGAGGCGCUCAAGGUGCUGCCCAAUGCCCAGCAGUCUCUCAGCGCCGGUGCGCUGCGCACGGACAUUACUUACACGCGGGCAGUGCUAAAGGAGUCGCUGCGCCUGAAUCCAAUUUCCAUUGGAUUCGGCCGUGUGCUCAAUCAGGAUACCGUCCUGAGUGGCUAUUUUGUGCCCAAAGGGACCACCGUGGUUACACAGAAUAUGGUUGCCUGCCGUCAGCCUCAGCAUUUUCCCAAUCCGCUGUGUUUUCAGCCAGAUCGUUGGCUGCAGCAACGCAAUGCUGUGAAUCCCUAUCUGGUGCUGCCCUUUGGACACGGCAUGCGCGCCUGUAUAGCUCGUCGUCUGGCCGAACAGAAUAUGCACGUCUUGCUCUUAAGGCUGCUGCGCAACUACGAGCUCAUUUGGCGCGGCCGGACGGAUGUUGACUUGGAUAUCGUCACUCUGCUGAUCAAUAAACCGAAUGCGCCGGUGCUGAUCGAGCUUAGAUCGCGUUCCGCGUGAUUAGCAAUUCAAAGCCGAAGCACCGAGUGGCUAUUCGUUUAGUACAUUGCUUAUUUACCUUAAAAAACGAAGUUUAAAUAAACUUUUAUUUAGGAAAUAUAUAAUUAGUGUAAAUCAUA